GUACCCCUGUCAACCUUCUCAUCCACCUAUCAACGCAAAUACCCAAACCUUCUUUUCUUCUCUACAGAGAGACACAAAGUAACACCCUCACAUACACACCCUUCAAUGGCCACCAAAGUCUACAUUGUCUACUAUUCUAUGUACGGCCAUGUUGAGAAGCUAGCUGAAGAGAUCAAAAAAGGAGCUGCUUCCGUUGAAGGAGUGGAAGCUAAGCUAUGGCAGGUGCCUGAAACACUGGCUGAAGAGGUCCUUGGGAAAAUGGGAGCACCUCCAAAGAGUGACGUUCCAAUUAUUACACCCAAUGAGUUACCUGAGGCUGAUGGCUUAUUGCUUGGUUUCCCCACAAGGUUUGGGCUGAUGGCUGCUCAAUUCAAAGCUUUCAUGGAUGCAACAGGAAGCCUAUGGCGUACACAGGCACUAGCUGGAAAGCCUGCAGGAAUCUUUUACAGCACUGGUUCUCAAGGAGGAGGACAAGAGACAACACCGUUGACAUCUAUCACUCAGCUGGUUCAUCAUGGGAUGCUUUUUGUGCCCAUUGGUUACACAUUUGGUGCUGGGAUGUUUGAGAUGGAGAACGUGAAGGGUGGUUCCCCAUAUGGUGCAGGUACCUACGCUGGGGAUGGCUCCAGACAACCUACUGAGUUAGAAUUGGCUCAAGCUUUCCAUCAGGGGAAGUACUUUGCUGGCAUUGCUAAGAAGCUCAAGGCAUCUUCUCAGUGAUCUUAAUACAUCUCGUUUGAUGUUUCUAUACAAGAAAAAAAGUUAUGUGCAUCGUAUCCAGUUUCAAGUUCCGGUGAUGUGGAACAGAAUAAGAUUUUAUUCAGAGAAAGAGAGAGAAAAUAAUCAAUACUUGGGUUCAAUACCAGUGUGUUGUCAUUUGUCAUAAUGUGUCCUCAAAUACAAUGUUAUUGUCAGUAUCAAGAAUUUGGUCAUUGUUUGCAUUUUCAUUUAGAACAAUUUUGUUUGCAAUAAUAUUAAUAGUACGGUGCCAAUCAA